UGCCGCAUUAAUUUAUGUUACUACUACUAUUCAGAAAAAGGUUGGAUUCUUUCAUAGAAAGAAUUUCUAGGCUUUAGUUUAGCCCUCUUAAUUUCUCACUGCUUUUAAGCCUAAAAAAGCAACCUUUAUUUGUUGAUCUUUGAUUCUUUCCCCUUAACUCCCCCUUCGAUUCGUUCACCCAAGCUUUGUCCUUUACUCAGAUGCACUCACAAAACUCCGAUAUUCUGUAUUUUGCUCUCUUCUUUUGUGCAUAAAGCCUACUGCUUUCUACAAAGAUUGUAUAGGUAGGCUGCUUGGAUAAUUGGAGUGAGAAAAGAUGGAUGAAAAUGGGGGUGAGGAUUGGAGGGAGAUGGUGAGGAAAAUGCUUCCUCCAGGGGCUCCCUUUCCCGAAGAAGAUAGCAUGGAUUAUUCGAUAGCGCUAGAGUAUAAGGGCCCUCCAGUUUCGUACGAGCUCCCAAGAGUACAACCCGUUGAAACCAAUGCAGAUGCAGUUUUGGUAGCUGAGCCUGAAUUGGAACCUAGAAGUUCAGUGAGCAGUGAGACGGCUCGUGCACUAGAACCAAUCCGUUUGCCUGUGUCUCGUAUUGCAACAGUUACCUGUCCUCCUAAUCAAAGUCCUAGAAUGUCGGGAAGUUCUGAGUCCGUGGUGUCAGUUCUGCAGAAUGCUGAUUCGUAUUCGCCUUCCCCUUCAGCUUCCCCCGCUUCAGCGUACAGUCAGCGUAGUAAUGCUCGUGGGGAGCCUGCUAAUGAAGGAAGGAGGGCCACAGUCGUCACCUUUAACACUUUUGAUAGGUCGGAUAGGAGGGUGGCAGAUGCGGAGAAACAAGUAUAUCCGGAAUAUGUUGGUGUGACCAAAGAAAAAAAGAAGAGAAAACAGACUAGAUUCUGUCUUAGGUGUGGAAAAGGGAAGUGGGAAACCAAGGAAUCCUGUCUUGUUUGUGGUGCAAAGUAUUGUAGUAACUGUGUCCUAAGAUCGAUGGGGUCGAUGCCAGAGGGGCGAAAGUGUGUUGCUUGCAUUGGCGAGCCCAUUGAUGAGUCCAACCGUGCUAAAUUAGGUAAACAUUCACGGGUUUUGUCACACUUACUGAGUCCUUUAGAAGUCAAGCAUAUAAUGAGAGCAGAAAGAGAAUGCUCAGCUAAUCAGCUUCGACCGGAGCAGUUGAUUGUGAACGGAUACCCUUUGAAACCUGAGGAGAUGUCUGAACUCCUUGGAUGCCCUCUUCCACCCAGGAAACUGAAGCCAGGCGUGUACUGGUACGACAAGGAGUCAGGUCUUUGGGGAAAGGAUGGGGAAAAGCCUGAUAAAAUCGUUAGUUCAAACUUAAACUUCACGGGGAAACUUAGUCCUCAUGCAAGUAAUGGGAACACUGAGGUAUACAUGAAUGGUCGAGAAAUCACCAAACUUGAGCUGAGAGUACUAAAGCUUGCCAACGUGCAAUGUCCUCGUGAUACUCAUUUCUGGGUUUAUGAUGAUGGUCGCUACGAGGAGGAAGGUCAGAAUAAUAUCAGAGGCAAUAUAUGGGAAAAGGCAUCAACUCGAUUCGUCUCUUCCUUGUUCUCUUUGCCUGUUCCCCAAGGUCAGCCUCAUGGACACCGGGAUGAGCCUAGCAGCUAUGCUACAGUAUCAAAUUAUCUUGAGCAGAAAAAGAUCCAGAAGCUUCUUCUACUCGGCCUUCCAGGCUCUGGGACAAGCACUAUGUUCAAGCAGGCCAAAUUUUUGUAUGGGAACAAGUUUACAUCUGAAGAACUACAGGAAAUCAAGCUUAUGAUCCAAAGCAAUAUGUACAAGUAUCUCAGCAUUCUGCUCGAUGGCCGAGAGCGGUUUGAGGAGGCUGUACUAGGAACCAACGGGUCGAGAUCAGAUGAACAGAUCUCUGAAUCAGAGGAAGGUGUUGACUCCAGCGAACACAGUCAAUGUGUAUAUUCGCUCAAUCCAAAGUUGAAGCAUUUUUCUGACUGGCUCCUCGAUAUCAUUGCCACUGGUGAUUUGGAGGCAUUCUUCCCUGCUGCAACACGGGAGUAUGCACCGCUUGUUGAAGAAAUUUGGAGAGAUCCUGCUGUACAAGAGACAUACAAGCGAAGGGAUGAACUUCCCUCUCUACCUGAUGUCACCGAGUACUUCCUAAGCAGGGCUGUCGAGAUUUCAAGCAACGAGUACGAACCUACUGAUCGUGAUAUACUUUAUGCUGAAGGGGUGACGCAAGGGAAUGGUUUGGCCUUUAUGGAGUUCUCCCUCGAUGAUCGUAGCCCUAUGUCAGAAACCUACACAGAUAAUUUGGAUGGCCCGUUGCCAUCUCCAACCAAGUACCAACUGAUCAGAGUGAACGCCAAGGGAAUGAACGAAGGAUGCAAGUGGGUGGAAAUGUUUGAGGACGUCCGAGCAGUGGUUUUCUGUGUUGCCCUCAGCGACUACGAUCAGGUGUGGGCUCCACCCGAGGGCAGCGGCAGCAGUGAGUUGCUCCAGAACAAGAUGAUCCAAAGCAGAGACCUUUUCGAGUCGAUGGUCAAACACCCUUGUUUCAGUGACACCCCAUUCGUGCUGAUUCUGAACAAGUACGAUCUCUUUGAGGAGAAGAUCAACCGCGUUCAUCUAGGGACGUGCGAGUGGUUCAAGGAUUUCAACCCCGUGGCCCCAAUCCGAACACAGCACAACAACCAGUCCCUAGCGCAGCACGCUUACUACUUUGUAGCCGUGAAGUUCAAGGAGCUGUACGCUUCCCUGACGGGACGGAAGCUGUUCGUGUGGCAAGCUCGGGCGAGGGACCGGGUUACAGUGGACGAGGCGUUCAAAUACACGAGGGAGGUGGUUAGGUGGGAUGAUGACAAGGAAGACAACUACUAUGGUGGUGGAGAAGACUCAUUUUACAGCACAACAGAUGUGAGCUCAUCCCCCUUCAUUCCACAUGACUGAAAUCCCAUUUUCCACAGCCACUGCUUGAUUGUGAUUUUUCUUCCUUUUAUCUUAUCUUUUGGAUUGUAAAUAGGUGAAUAUAUUUGAUGCUGAUUUUUGUUUAGAUUACAAUUAUAACUGUAACAUUUUUCUAUACAUGUUAUAUGGUGGGAUUUUAUUGA